UUGUAAACAUUCAUUUCUGAGGAAAAAUAUUGCCUCCUUGUUUUCCUUUGGCUUAUAACAGUAAAACAAUCCUAUUAUUAAUGCAGGUCAGUCAACUGUAUCGUGGCAUGAGUAGGCGCUGUCUGCAAUUUGAAGAAGCUCAAGGGAUUGGACAAGGUAGUGUGCCAGCCAUGAAUUCUCCGAAUUCAUCCAGCGAUCCGAUGGGCUUAAGAUUACCCUUUUCCAGUGCGGGUAUGGAAAAUUCGAAAAUUCUGAAUCCAGGCAUUGCUGCUCCUUCUGGAAAGAGGACAAUGAUCAACUUGACCCGGGGGUUAAUCUCCAACCGUUCUCCUAACCACAAUUCAAAUGCUAGAUUGUCUAUUCCCAAGCGAUCUGGUAUUGGAUUACAUCUGAAUAGCAUUGUUAAGGCCUUACCAAUGGAGUGUAAUGUUAACGAAAGCAUGAAAACUCAUUUAUCGGAGAACGAGAAGUGUUCUACACAACUAUCAAAUUCAGUUGAGAAAAUUACUCCUGCGGAAGACAAAAUGCUUGAAAACCAGGUUGUGCCUGCUGUUGUUAGUGCCACCUCAGAUUCUUUGCUCGCCAUGAAAUCAGUGAAUGCAUUGCAGUCAUUAGAGCCCAAUGAAACCCCGCAAAAAAAGAGGACAUUGAGCUUAGAGCAAUGUGAAAAUUUCAACGAGUUAAACCAAUCAAGCCCUAAGAAGAGAAGGAAGAAGUUUACCCCUGAUGGCGAUGGUUGCAAACGUUGCAAUUGUAAAAAGACUAAAUGCUUGAAAUUGUAUUGUGAUUGUUUUGCCGCUGGGAUCUAUUGUGCGGAUUCUUGCAGUUGCCAAGGAUGCUUCAAUAGGCCUGAACACGAAGAUAAAGUUCUCGAAACACGCCAACUGAUAGAAUCCCGUAACCCUCUCGCUUUUGCUCCAAAGAUUGUGCAUCAGGCAUCAGGAGUUCCUGCAGUAAUUGGGGAAGAGGUAAACAGGACAACACCAGCGUCUGCAAGGCAUAAAAGAGGGUGCAAUUGCAAAAGGUCAAUGUGUCUGAAAAAGUAUUGUGAAUGCUAUCAGUCAAAUGUUGGCUGCUCCAGUGGUUGCCGAUGUGAAGGUUGCAAGAAUGUCUUUGGUAGGAGAGAAGAUUACACUGUAGUUGAAGAGAUUAUGAGCAGCACAACCAGCAAGGAUGGGCCAAACGACAUAGCUGAUGAUAAAUUAGCAGGGGUGGAUCAUAGUAAUGAUCUCUUUCAUGCAGAUUCGUCUGAGUUAGAAAGCCCUGCACCAUUUACACCACAGUGCCAGUUCUCUGAGCAUGGAAACGAUGCCCUAAAGUCCGGGCCAUUUAGUACCCGAUACCUCCCAUCGCCUCUCUCCCACAUGUCUACAAUUCAAUCAGAUUCAAAAACCAGUUCCCCAACCCAAACUGGUGACAGCUUACUUGCAGAGAUUGACUGCCGGGAUAUGGAGUUUACCAUUGCCGAAAUGAUAGGCGAAUUAUCUCCAAAGUUGGAUCCAAUCAGUGGUAUAUGUUACCUCUCUCCACAACGAACUGCAUCAUCCUCAACCGUGGCAGUUUCUCCAUGUGCAUCUAAGACCAAGGACCUGUCAACUAAUGUUCCACGUCCACAGUUUGAAGUUGGUAGUGGUGGUAGCCAUAUGUCCUCUUCCAUCCGUUGGCAUGGCUUGCCGGUCACUCCAAUGCCAUCCUUAGGCGAUGGAAAGAUGAUUGAUGAUGUGCUCAUGGAAGAAGAAGAAGACACCACACCUGAGAUAUUGAAGGAAGCCUGUAACCCAAUUCAAUCAGUGAAAGCAACGUCUCCAAACAAGAAGCGUAUUUCUCCACCUCAUGCACAUUCCAAACGUCUGGAGCUCGGGUCGAUAGUGUCGGGAGGGUUGAAAAGUGGGAGGAAGUUCAUACUGAGGGCAGUCCCUUCUUUCCCACCACUCACACCUUGCUUGGACUCCAAGGCAACCAAGUUACCACCAACAAGGAAGAGUAACAGCCAACAGCAAGGUAAAUAGUACAUUGAAUGCGGCGUGACAAGAGUUCAUAUCACUUGAGCAUUGCAUCGUGGUUCGAAACCUUGCGGCACAGGCGAAACUGGUAUGUUUAUACUCCAGAUCAAGGAAUGUGUCUAAUGUGAGUACCAUCUUAGGUCUGAUGGUUGGAAGUACGACAUCUGAGGUCUGCUGCUAGAUCUAACAUCUACAAUCGCCCAGCCACCUUUAUGUGCUUAUAGCUUAUUAGUAUUGUUCCGAUGUUAUUAUAUGUAAGCAGUGUUAUUAUGAAGUUCUUCGUUUAGUGUUUUUAUGUAUUAGUUGACGAAUCCUUCAGCAAGAAAUUGAAAUUCGGUAA